AUGAACUACAAUCAGUUCCCAGAGUUCGAAGCAUACCAACAACACUGGAAUUCCACCACCGAUUCGCAUACUACCAUCACCACUGUCAUCCUAGGUGCUAUCAUAGCGUUAUACGCCCUUUUCAAGACAUUUGAUUUUUUAGGUUAUCCAGUCUCGCUUUGGGUAUACCGCUUCCUACAAAUGGCUACCGACGUGUUACGCCUGCGUGGCUCGUCGUUCGGUUCGACGUCUUCCGAGUCGACCGAUGACGAGACAAUGCAGCAUGGAGGCAUGCUGGGAAGCCUCUUCGCGCUGAGCCCGGGGGGCCUGAUACAGAAAGGAGUACGCGGUGUCGCGAACGCCCUCUCCAUAGGCCCCAGCGAAGUGCCUCCUGGCUUGGGCAAUAUCAGCAAUUCUUGCUACCAGAAUAGUGUCAUCCAGGGCCUUGCCUCCCUUCCUUCAUUACGCGACCAUCUCGCCAAGAUCAUGUCCGAAAAUCCCUCGCUCACACCCGAAAGCACAAACGGUGCACUCUUCGAAAUCAUCACCAAGCUCAACAACCCAGAGAACAAGGGCCAGCAUUUCUGGAUUCGCGGAAAACUAAAGUCGAUGAGCACUUUUGAACAACAGGACGCGCAGGAGUAUUUUAGCAAAAUUUUGGAUGCGCUGGAUGAGGAGAUUAAGAAGACUGCCAGUAGUAAGCGGCGAUCCUCUGUCUCCUGGCUUGAAGUUACGAAGAGCCUUAGUAACUCACCAGAUCCAGUCGGGGACGAGAAAGCCGGAGCAAAAGACGAGGCGUCACCCGAACACAUCCCAUCGAACCCACUCGAGGGCCGCCUAGCCCAGCGCGUCGGCUGCACAUCUUGUGGCUACUCAGAAGGCCUUACGCUCAUCCCGUUCAACUGCAUCACCGUAUCGCUUGGCAAGAACAACGGCUACGACAUUAGGGAUUGUCUUGACGAGUACACUACACUGGAGUUUAUUGAUGGUGUGGAAUGCGCAAAGUGCACGCUGCUUAAGCUGCAGAAGACGCUGACUCCUCUUGUUACUGCCAAGCCCGAAUCGCCACUGAAAGCACGUCUGGACGCUGUACAAGAAGCACUGGAAAAGGAGGAUUUUGAGGAUAAGACACUUCUUAAGACGCUCAAUGUGCCCAAGAAGAACUGGGUACAGAGCACAAAGUCCAAGCAGGCGGUUGUAGCACGUGCUCCGCAAUCAUUGGUACUCCACGUCAACCGCAGCAGUUUCAACGAGUACACUGGGAUGCCAUACAAGAAUACUGCUGGUGUUACAUACCCGACUGUACUAGACCUGGGGAACUGGUGCUUGGGUGGCGUGCCAAAGGACUCGGAACAGGCCGCUGCGUCAGAGGAAGAGUGGCCACGGGAUCCCAAGGAAUCUAUGCUAGCCAAGGGGGAACCAAUGUCAGAUUCGCCAUUCCAGUACCAGUUGCGCGCUGCCGUCACGCAUUACGGCUCGCAUGGCAACGGUCACUAUGUCUGUUAUCGUUCGCACCCGAAGCCUGCGCCCAAGACCGAGGUUCAAGAGGAUACUGAAGCUGCAGCAGAGGAAGAUGAGAAUGUUGAAGAUGCUCAGGAAAAUGAGUCACAGCAAGCGGUCACUGAGCCGCAGUCGGAGCAGUGGUGGCGAUUCAGUGAUGACAGCGUCUACGCCGUCUCGGAGCAGGAAGCGCAUCAGGGUAACGUCUUUAUGCUCUUCUAUGAGCGUAUCGAUGAUUCAACUUCUUCCACGGACCAGACUGCAGCCGUGUCUGCUUCGACAGCCCAAGAUGCCUCGCUGCCAGCAGUUGGCGUUGCGCCGUCCACUCCAACAUCCGCGGAUGAUGAAGCCAUUACCAUUGCUCUACCAGAAGAAGAUGAAGCCGAUGAUCUGCUCGACCUGAGCCCCUCGGAACCUACCCCAGAGCUCCCCAAACCCGAUCUCGAACUCCUUGCAACCCAGCAGCCCGAAGCCGCAGAGCCCAUGCAUCCAUCAUCACCACCACUCGUCGACACCCCAACCCCCACAUCCCCCUCCACCUCUACCUCCCUCGAAACAACCCCCGAACCAGAGACGGAAGCCAGCUCCGACGCAGAUUCCACAACCGCACCCUCCACCCUCCUCACCUCAGACAACGAGUCUGAAAUCGAAACGGACAAAGAGGCCGCUCCCCUCCUCCCCGAACCAAUCGUCGCUACAGCACCAACCGUCUCGCCAAACAUGAUGCGUACGGCCGGCAACAAGAAAAGCCGCAAACAGGGCAAUAGCAAUAACCGCCGUGGUCUGCCACUUGUGUCUGCGACAUAG